GAUAAAUUGAGUACACAAGCACAAACUUUUAAACGAUAUUUACGAAGAGAUUAUGCCAUGAAACUUACUGUUGAUCUAUUAGGUCAUUCUGUUCAUGAUCCCUGUAUAAGUCAUUGUUUACGGCACGCGUUUGGUGAUU